GAUGUUGGUUUUAUAAACAAUUUUCGUUGUUUUGUUUCGUACCGAGCCUCUCAGUCUUUGGAGAAAAUUCAAUAGAAAUUGUUGGUAUUCUUAUAAAGUUUCGAUUGAAACUAAUUAAAUCAAACUAAAAAAUCGAGGACUAAUUUAAGGCCAUAAAAAAGUAUAAGUCCAACAAAUGUGAAUAGCAAAAUAUUUUUUUGCAGUUUUCUUGUUGAAAAUUAUAAAAAAGGCGAUUUUUUUUUAUUUCUGAAAAAAAGUCAGAAGAAAGAAUUAACUACGCAGAUAUUGUGUAAAACGUGAAGAGUUUCGGGAAGUGUCUGCUAAUUAAAUUUACUCUCCGGGAAAUUUGUUAAAACGUAAAAAAAUAUUAAUAAAGGAACAAAAAGAGGCAAACACGAGCCUACAAAAAAAAGAAAGAAAAAAGAAAAAUACGCAGUUCAAGUUCACAGGGCACAAUUUUGGAGAAAGGGAAAAGCGUUGAUCUUCUUCUUCUAUGUUUUGGCGAAAAUAUUAUAUCUUAAGCUGAUAAGACGCGAACAAAUAGAAUCGAAGUGAUCCGUCCAUCGACACCGGCUGACCGUAUUGUGUGAAAAGCAAAAGCAAGAAAGAGACAAAAAGUGGAAAUUAAACAUUAUAACUGAUUCAAACAAAAGACAAUAAUCGAGACAACAGUUCAGUUGGUGAAGUCGAUGAGAGCUUAAAGCGCUCUUUUUUAUUUUUAUUAUUCUGUUGCAAAGAAUAACCAUCGUUGGUGUGAGACUAAGAAGUGAAGUCUAUCCAUAAAGACGAAGAAAAAAACCAGCAACAAAGUAAACACCGAACGAAGGCAGUCAGACCUGUCAAAAAUUCAUAAUCAAUUCAAAAAUCUUUAGCCGUGUCUAGUGACCGACCGAAACGUGUCGUCAGAAAACAUUACAUCCAAUAACGAAGAGAAGAAAAUGGUGAAGACGUUCCAAGCAUACCUGCCGCCGACAAAUCGAACAUAUUCCUGUGUACAUUGUCGCGCUCAUCUUGCAUCUCACGAUGAGCUGAUCUCGAAAUCUUUUCAAGGCAGUCAGGGACGCGCCUAUCUCUUCAAUUCUGUAGUCAACGUUGCUUGCGGGCAAGCAGAAGAAAGAGUUCUCCUGACGGGACUCCAUGCUGUAGCUGACAUUUAUUGUGAAUGCUGCAAAACUCCGCUCGGAUGGAAAUAUGAACAUGCUUUCGAGUCAAGUCAGAAAUACAAAGAAGGAAAGUACAUCAUUGAAUUAGCACACAUGAUUAAGGAGAACAAAUGGGAUUGAGCGCUUAGCGUUCGUCGUUACGAAUUAGCUUCAAUUUUAAAGAUAAGUGAUGAAAUUUCUGUUAUGAGAUAAUGUGCGUGGGAGGAGAUCAACAUCAAAAAUCAAAAACACAACAACAUCAUUAAACAAACUACGCGAUGGUAUUUUUUUUGGGUCAUGUGAUAAAAUUUAACAUUUUUGUUUGCAUUCUAGAUAUGAAAAAAUGAAUGUUUAAAAAUUAUAUGUUAUUAAUGAAAUUUGAAGAAAAUUGUAAUUGGAAAAUGACGAAAAUGAAAAUGCUGAAGACUAAUAAUUCAACGUCUUAAAUUUUAAAAGUUAAGGCAACAUUUUUUGUCUUCAGCAUUUUCGACUGAGACAUUUUUUCAAUCGCAAUUUUUUGCUACUGUCGUUUAUCAUGUAUUCUCAGCAUAUGUACCUUGUUUAAAUAUAGGUAGUUUCUUUUCGUUUCUUUUUUAUCAUUAGCACAAAAAACACACGAAAAUGUUUUUCGUCUUCAUUUUAUUUCCUGAAAGAAAAGAAAUUUCUAUUCUCAAAAUUUAUACGGUCGUAGUUGAAGCUUUUGUAGGAAUAAUAAUUAAUUGUUGUGUUUAACAGGCAAACAUUAUUUCAUGAUGGUGCUCAGACAUUUUUUCUUUCAUGAGAUUCUUGGAAUCGAUUUUGUGCCACAAGCUAAUUUUUCUUUCGGUUUUUUUGAUGGUUCAAAGUUGUCAACAUUUUGACGAUUGGUGAUAAAAUUGCCUCGCUCCGAGUUCUUUGAAACUGGUGCGCUCGUCAUCAACUUUGAAUUGAAGAAAAUAAAAAGCCGAUUAUGUAAUGUUCCGGAUUUCAUCAAAUAAUGAUUUAAUCUAUUCAAUGGACUCGUGAUACUGAUAUUAAAUUUGUUUCUGAUUGAUUUUUGAUAAAACAUAAAAUGAGAAUGAAAAAAAACUUUUUCUAUUGAAUAUUAAUUCAAAAUCAUCAUCGUCAUUGUGGUUUUUUGAUGUUGCUGAUAAAGGUCUAAAGGACUUUCAUAGAUUUAGUAAAAAUAUUUAUAGGCUAAUUAAGUGGUUCAAAUAAUUGUUCAAUGAGAAAUAUUUUAGUUCUUUUUGUUAUUAACAAAUGCGCAGCUUGAAAGAAGAGAUAAGAAUUUUAGAAAUGCUUUUGGAAGGAAAAACUCACACAAGUAUUUAUCCUGUGAAAACAAAACAAAAUAUUCUGAUAACUUUAAAAUAGAAUCAUUCAACAAAUGUACUGCCAAUCUAAUAUCUUCAUUCAAAUACUGAAAAGUAAAUCAAAUCUUUGUAAAACUUUUGAGCUUUAGAAACAAAAAUAACAAGACAAUUCUGCAGGAAAUAAAAACAUUUGCAAUAUUUAAAGCUGCUCAUGAAAUUCAGAAGAUAAUUUGUGCUGAAAGGUUUUGGAUGUGGCAAAACGUUACAAUGAAAGCUCCAAGGAAAAAUAUGUAUUCAUGAUUUAUAUUAAUUUAGCCACCAAAUAUUUUUGUUCAAUAUCUAUUUUACUUUAAAUUAAAGUAUAAAAUAUAUAUAAAAGUAUAUAUACCUCUAUAUAUAUUAUAAGAAUUAGCUCAACGCGGAGUAAAAUAAAAUGAUUUUCUUUAUUCUCUAUAUUUUCACCCUUGGACUUUCACAGUGUGACUAAAAUAAUAAUAAGAAUAACAAAGCUUUCAUUGGAUACUAAAAUGACAUAACGAAUGUUCGAACACAUUAAAUGUAAUAAGUGAAAAUGUUUUCCUUGGAAACGAAGUGUAAUACCUUUUUAAAGAAGAUAUAAAGCGAUAGCAAAGCAGGAAGAACACACACGACAAAUGAUAAUAAAAUUUAUGAAAUUAAAUUAAGAGAUAAAGUUGGAAAAUUUUCAGCAUAAACUUGUGAUAUUUAGCAGAAAAAAAUGUUUUCAUUUAAUUUCAUCUUUUGGAUUGCAAAAAAAAAUUAUCACAGAGAAAGCUUUCCAUGCUUCUUUUUUUUAUCUAAGUAGUUGUAUUUCUUCUUAGCUCGAUGGAAAGAAGGCCGAGAGAAAUAAAAAUUAAUGAAUUGGCAUCAAUGGUAUAAAGUAUGAAUUUGAUUUAAGGUUUAAAGUUUAAGGAAGAGAAAGAAACAAAAGUUAAAAAGAAAUGAACAGAAUAUUAAAAGAUUUGUUUUAUCUUAAGUGUGUAAUGUGAUAAUAACUAAAUUAGUAAAACUAUUAAUAAGUUAAAGUCGUAAGCCGAUCGAUUUGCCUACUCCAACACACGAAAAAGAAAUUUAAAUCAUUUUUUCGUUUUUGAUACAAUUUUUAGAAUUCCAUUCAACGAAUAUUUUUUUUUAGUUUUCUGUAGUGUUUUAAAAGUAGAAAUCCACCGACACCAAACAAUUUCGGGAAUCGAUUUUCAUUUUGCUCAUAAAUAUUUUAAAUAUAAACGAUGGAGUUUUCAUGUACUUUAACAUUUUUUUAAUUUUUCAUGAUUCGAAUGGGAAAUUUUGCUACAGAAACAUUUGGGAAAUUUUUAAGAUGAAAAACACUUUUAUUGAAGAGGAAAAGAUGAUUGAAAUUGAUCGUGAUAAGUAAUUUUCUUUUCAGUUUACACUUGAUAAUUGUGUUAAAUAAUCCCAACAAAAAAUGUCGGUAUACCGCCUUUAAUUAUGUCUCAUUUUUUUUUAUUAAACUUAUUAAAAGUUUCUCCUGAUUUUUGUUCAGAUGAAAAAAGUUUUUCCCGGCGCAAACUAAAAUUUUGAUAGCUUAAUGAAUUCAAUGUGGUUUUAAUAAGUAUAUCCUAAUAAAUGUUUAUGAAAAGUAAAACUCAAAA